AUGCAGGGAGCAGUUUUCCUCCUGGUUCUCCUUGGUGCCAUGUCAGGGAGAGAAGUGCUACACCUAGUCCACUUGCCUGCUACAACCACCGUGGCCGAGAAUUCUCCACCUGAGACUCCAGUGCACAAGUUUUCUGUGAACUUAUCAGCCUCGCUGUCGCCUGUGAUCCCAGGGUGGCCCCUGAUUAUCAACACAAGCCCCCUCACUGAUGCCUUCAAAGUGAACUGGCUGUCAGACACUGACUUUGAGGUUGUCACCACUGGGACGGAACAACUAGACUUUGAAACAGGACCAAACAUAUUUGAUUUGCAGAUUUAUGUCAAGGAUGAUGUCGGUGUCACCGACCUCCAGAUCCUGACUGUCCAGGUGACAGAUGUGAAUGAGCCGCCUCAGUUCCAAGGCAACUUGGCAAAAGGUCUAGACCUGUACAUACUGGAAGGAGCAAACCCGGGAUUCAUUUACCAGGUUGAGGCCUUCGAUCCAGAAGACACAAGCCGAAACAUACCCCUCCAUUAUUUUCUGAUCUUCCACUCAGUGAACUUCAGAAUGUCUGCUAAUGGGACCCUCUUCUCUACAACAGAAUUUGACUUUGAAGCAGGACACAAAAGUUUCCAUCUGGUUGCAGGGGUGAGAGAUAGCCAAGGGCUUGAAGCCUCCACCACGCUCCAGGUGAACAUUGUGAAUGUCAACGACGAAAUACCUCGCUUUACCAGCCCAGCGCGAGUGUACACGAUUCCCGAGGAGCUGGUUUCAGGCACCAUUGUGGCCAACAUCACAGCGGAGGACCCCGAUGAUAAAGGUUUUACCGGCUUCCUCCUCUACAGCAUCACGACCCCUAACCGCUAUUUCGUGAUCAACCAGUUGACCGGUACGAUCCAAGUGGCCCACAGGCUAGACCGAGAUGCAGGUGAAUUAAGACAAAAUCCCUCCAUUUCUCUGGAAGUUCUGGUGAAGGACAGACCCUCGGGGGGUCAAGAGAAUCGCAUGCAGAUAACCUUCAUCGUAGAGGACAUUAAUGACAACCCGGCCAUGUGCACCAAGACCACCUUCAGCAUUAUGGUGCCUGAAAGAGAGGCCAAGGGGACGUUGCUUCUGGACCUGAACAAGUUCUGCUUUGAUGAUGACAGCAAAGCACCAAACAACCAAUUCAACUUCAGCACGCCAUCUGGAGUGGGGAGCAGCGGCAGAUUUUCACAGGAUCCAGCAGGCUCUGGGAAAAUCGUGUUGAUUGGUGACCUGGAUUAUGAAAAUUCAAGUAAUCUAGCAGCCGGCAAUAAGUACACCAUGAUAAUCCAGGUGCAGGAUGUUGCCCCUCCUUACUAUAAAAACAACAUCCACAUUUAUAUCUGCACAAAGCCCGAAAAUGAGUUUCCUCUUGCCUUUGACAGGCCGUCCUACGUAUUUGAGGUGUCAGAAUUAAGGCCAGCUCGAACCCGGGUGGGACUAGUGCAUGCCACCGAUAAAGACUUCCCCCAGAGCAGCAUCAUGUACUCCAUCUCCAUGGGAGGAGCCAGCCUCCAGUACCCAAACAUAUUUUGGAUCAAUCCCCAGACAGGAGAACUCCAGCUGGUGACGAAAGCAGACUACGAAACAACCCCCAUCUAUAUUCUCAGAAUCCAGGCCACCAACAUCGAGGACAGCAGCUCAGUCACUGUGAGUGGGGCCAUGGGUGUGUUCACACCAGCCCAACCGGUUGACUUAGGAUCUUUCUGGCACCUUCCAGGUGUGGCUGUAGCAAUAAGGAAUCUUAACGGGGCCCAUCCCGCAGAUGUAAGGGGAAAUGACUAGUGUCCAGGACGGCACACUUGGACACAGCUAGCAGAGCCUAGGAAAUAAAGAUUGGCAUCUGUAGGCCCAAGCAACAUCAACAGUCAUUUCACCUUCUCUCCCAACGCUGGGUCCAACGUUACAAGUCUGCUCCUUGCGACACGCUUCAACUAUGCCAGUGGGCUUGACAAGAUCUGGGACUACAAACUACUUGUCUACAUAACUGAUGACAACUUGCUGUCUGGCAGGAAGAAAGCUCAGGCUCACGUUGAAACAGGGACGGUAACGCUGAGUAUUAGUGUCAUUCCUCACCCCACCACAGCUGUCACCACAACCACCAGGCCCAGGGUCAUCUACCAGGUCCGGAGAAAAAACGUUUAUUCUCCAUCAGCGUGGUAUGUGCCUUUUGUCAUCACUUUGGGCUCCAUAUUGCUCCUGGGCCUCCUGGGAUCCCUGUUUGUCCUGUUGGCCAAAGCCAUCCACAGACACUGUCCCCGCAAGACUGGGAAGCCCAAGAAACUUGCGGUGAAGAAAGGAGAGAUGAAGACUACAAAGCCAGAGGUUUUGGUGGAAACAAUUCAGAUGAACUCCGUCUUUGAUGGAGAAGCCAUCGACCCAGUUACUGGGGCAGUAUAUGAAUUCAACUCAAACACGGGAGCCAGAAAGUGGAAAGAUCCCUCAACCCAAAUGCCAAGAUGGAAAGAGCCGGACCCCCGGGGAACUGCUCCCAGUAGAGCUGUCGCUGGGGAAGAGGCUGGGCCACCGAGGAGCACCGGCGAGCGAGAUGGGCUGAGCAGCAAAGCUCCGGCUGAGGAUGCCCAUUCCAGAAACCAGGAUGGCAACUCAGGCACCCCAAAGAGCAGAAACCCAGCCCUCACGAGUCACCCCCAAACUGCAUCUGGGAAUACAACAGUGAAGGAUGAGAGACUGAAUAUACAAACGACCAACGGUCGGACCGUAGAUAAAAACAGAACUCUGACCCACAACCUGCGGGAAAGCGAGCCCUGGUCUACAGUGAACGGCAGAGGACGCCAGCCUUUUGGAAGUCAGGCUCGCAGGAAGCCAGAUUGCUAUGUCUAGAAACAGUCUCGGAAGGUGAGCAAGAACGUCUGUACCAAUCUGCCCAGGAUGGCCAGGGCUUGAUGAAUUAUGACAGCUUCCCUAACUUUAUGUCCACUUCCAACUGAGGACCAACCACCGAAAGCCAAAUAUCCACACCUCACCAGUCACAUAAGAUGCACCCCCCUCCAGUGAGCCCGCCGACAGCUCCCCAUGCUGGCAGCCCCCCAGCAGACCACACCUGAAGCCUUCCCUUUGUUCCACCAUAAAGCUUUCCUGCUCCUCUCCCUGCCUGUGAGUCUCUGCAAGAGUUUGAGUGGCGCGACUGACCCCCUUGCUGU